GGGCUGUCUGUGCCCAAACCCUUCAUAUUCACAAAGGAAUAGAAGUCCCAGCUGCCUGACUGGGAUUCCAUAGGGGCUCAGCAAAAAGAUGAACUGGUGCCAUCCCUGCAUCUCCUUUUGCUGGAUUUACUUUGCUGCAUCCAGACCCAGAGCUGUAGAAACAGCAAAUGGAAAAUAUGCUCAGAAGUUGUUUAAUGACCUUUUUGAAGACUACUCCAAUGCUCUUCGUCCAGUGGAAGACACAGAUAAAGUUCUGAACGUCACACUGCAGAUCACACUUUCUCAGAUUAAGGACAUGGAUGAAAGAAACCAAAUUCUGACGGCCUAUCUGUGGAUCCGCCAAAUCUGGCACGAUGCCCACCUCACCUGGGACCGAGACCAGUACGACGGGCUGGACUCCAUCAGGAUUCCCAGUGACCUGGUGUGGAGGCCAGACAUCGUCCUGUACAACAAGGCUGACGAUGACUCCUCAGAGCCCGUGAACACCAAUGUGGUCCUGCGGUAUGAUGGGCUGAUCACCUGGGACGCACCAGCCAUCACCAAAAGUUCCUGCGUGGUGGAUGUCACCUACUUCCCCUUUGAUAACCAGCAGUGCAAUCUGACCUUUGGCUCCUGGACCUACAAUGGCAAUCAGGUGGACAUAUUCAACGCCCUGGACAGCGGCGAUCUCUCCGACUUCAUAGAGGACGUGGAGUGGGAGGUCCAUGGCAUGCCCGCUGUGAAGAACGUCAUCUCCUACGGCUGCUGCUCGGAGCCGUACCCGGACGUGACGUUCACGCUCCUUCUGAAGCGGAGGUCCUUGUUCUACACCGUCAACCUCCUCGUCCCUUGUGUCCUCAUAUCUUUUCUGGCUCCCUUGAGUUUUUAUCUCCCGGCAGCCUCUGGGGAAAAGGUCUCCCUGGGGGUGACCAUCCUGUUGGCCAUGACUGUCUUUCAGCUAAUGGUGGCAGAGAUUAUGCCAGCCUCAGAAAAUGUCCCUCUGAUAGGUAAAUAUUACAUAGCCACCAUGGCCUUGAUCACAGCGUCCACUGCCUUGACCAUCAUGGUGAUGAACAUCCACUUCUGUGGGGCCGAGGCCCGGCCAGUGCCACACUGGGCCAGGGUGGUCAUCCUGAAAUACAUGUCCAGGAUCUUGUUUGUACGCGACGUGGGUGAGAGCUGCCUCAGCCCACGCCACUGCAGAGAGCAGGACCACCUCACCAUGGUUUACAGCCAACUCCCAGAGUCUGACCUGAAAACAGCCAGGAACAAAGACCUUUCCAGAAAGAAGGAACUGAACAAACUCUUCGAGAAUGACCUGGGACGGCAGGGUGAGAAUGCGGGGGACGCGGGUGCCGACUGUGCGCGGUACAGGGUGCUGACCAGGAACAUCGAGUACAUCGCCAAGUGCCUCAAGGACCACAAGGCCACCCAUUCCAAGGGCAGCGAAUGGAAGAAGGUCGCAAAAGUCAUAGACCGAUUCUUCAUGUGGGUUUUUUUCAUCAUGGUGUUUGUGAUGACGAUUUUAAUUAUAGCGAGAGCAGACUAGUAGGCAUUUGAUACCUGAGGAGCAAUUAAUAAAAUUCCCCGUGGUCUCCUCCGGGUUCUUCCCAGCCAGCUUUUA